CUCUCUCUCUCUCCAACCAAACACACCCCAAAAUCAAAUUCCAUAACUAAAACAAAAGCCAAACACCCCCAAAUUCUCCACCCUCCCUCAUCAUGUCCAUCUCCAAUCUCUCAAUGUGGGCUCCAUCCAAACCCUCCACCCUCUCCCCAUCCGCCACCGCAGCCUCCGAUUCCCUCUCCUCCCGCUCCGUCCUCGUCCCCUUCCGCCUUCCUUCAUCCCACCCAGUGGGCCCCACCUCCUCCCCCCGCCAGUCAUCAGCGGCCCCCAUCCACUGCAGUCUCCGCGAGCUCCGCGAGCGCAUCGAGUCCGUCAAGAACACCCAAAAGAUCACCGAGGCCAUGAAGCUCGUCGCUGCCGCUAAGGUCCGUCGGGCCCAGGAAGCCGUCGUCAAUGGCCGCCCCUUCUCCGAGACCCUUGUUGAAGUCCUCUACAACAUCAACGAGCAGCUCCAGACCGAAGACAUCGACGUCCCGCUCACCAAAAUCCGCCCCGUGAAGAAGGUUGCCCUUGUCGUCGUCACCGGCGACCGUGGCCUCUGUGGCGGAUUCAACAACUACGUCCUCAAGAAGGCCGAGGCCCGCAUCCGGGAAUUGAAGGACCUCGGCCUCGCCUACACCAUCAUCAGCGUCGGCAAGAAGGGGAACAGCUACUUCCUCCGCCGGCCUUACAUCCCCGUCGACAAAUUCUUCGAAGGCGGGAACCUCCCGACAACGAAGGAGGCCCAGGCCAUCGCCGACGAUGUCUUCUCUCUGUUCAUCAGCGAGGAAGUAGACAAGGUUGAGCUCCUCUACACGAAAUUCGUGUCGCUGGUCAAAUCCGAUCCCGUCAUCCAUACUCUGCUCCCGCUGUCGCCCAAGGGAGAGAUCUGUGACCUUAAUGGGAAUUGCGUUGAUGCUGCUGAUGAUGAGCUCUUCAGGCUGACUACAAAGGAAGGGAAGCUGACGAUCGAGCGGGAUACAGUGCGGACCCCGACGCCGGAAUUCUCCCCGAUCCUGCAGUUCGAGCAGGACCCAGUUCAGAUCCUUGAUGCGCUGUUGCCGCUGUACUUGAACAGCCAGAUCCUGCGGGCGCUGCAGGAGUCCCUUGCAAGCGAGCUUGCGGCCCGGAUGACUGCAAUGAGCAACGCGACGGACAAUGCCUCAGACUUGAAGAAGUCACUGUCAAUGGUGUACAACAGGCAGCGCCAGGCGAAGAUCACAGGCGAGAUAUUGGAGAUUGUUGCCGGGGCUAACGCUCUUACAUAACUGUUGGGUUUGGCUCUCCUCUUUGCUGUUUGUUCUGUUUCGGGUCUUUUUUCCUAAUUCAUUCAAAUAUCCAUGUUUAAGGACAGCAAUUAUUAUUAUUAUUGUUAUUAUUAUUAUUAUAUGAAUAUUGUGAUGGACAGAUUAGUAAUUGUAAUGCGCGGCUACUGCAAUACUAAUUUUGUGGCACAAAUAUAAUGAGAAUCGCGACGUGGGUUCUGAAGAA